AUGUCCGGAGGUAACAUCGAUGACCUAUUUAACGUGUUUGAGGAAAACGACAUAGUAGAUAAUAUUUCCACAAAAGAUGAAGCGGGAGAAAGGGGGGAUGGCGAAGUCCCGGCGGACAACCGUCCCCAGGGUGAAGUGAACGAAGAGACACUGGGUAAGAUGCGUAUUGAGAAGGGUGCAGUGGAAGGAGAGAACAACUCCGGUGGGGUAAACGAAAGGGGUAUCCACCCAGGCCAGGGUGAUGCAGGGCGAGCCGGACAAGGUCACACCAAAGGGGAAGCGGAAUUGAAUGCGCAGCCGCGGGGCGCACCCUCCUCCCCCGUGGCGACCCCACAAAUCAACGUCGAAAACCUCAUUUCAUGGAAAAAGAGGGAUCAGAAGGUGCAAAGCCGAAUCAAGGAGGAAAUAUACAACGACGUACAAAACGUCGACGCCACGACGAGAAAUGCAAGCAGCAAAGUGAGAAAGUUGAACGAAGAGCAAAACGGAAGAAACAGAAGAAAGGGCGAAAAACACACCGACGAAAGUGGACCGGUAGAAGAAACACUAAUCGAAAAUAGCAAAACGAUAAACAAUGACGAUGUGCUCGUCUUGGAGGAGUUCCGCAGUGACGUCAAUUGUAUUCACAAGUGCAUCCGCCCAAGGAGCUACGUCCACAACAAGCUCAGUCAGACUCUCACCCCAGCCAGGACGUACAAAUUUGAAUUAGACACCUUCCAGAAGAAAUCUAUUGAAUGUUUGGAGCGAAACGAAAGCGUCCUCGUGUCAGCACACACAUCCGCCGGAAAAACGGUCAUCGCAGAGUACGCCAUCGCUCUAGGGUUAAGGGAUAAGCAAAGAGUUAUCUACACGAGCCCUAUAAAAGCGUUAAGUAAUCAAAAGUACAGAGACCUGAGCGAAGAAUUUAAAGACGUCGGAUUGAUCACAGGAGACAUUUCCAUAAAUCCUGAUGCUUCCAUCAUCGUCAUGACGACCGAAAUUCUGAGAUCGAUGUUGUACAGAGGCUCCUCCCUAACAAAAGAAGUAAAGUGGGUAAUUUUUGACGAAAUCCAUUACAUGCGAGACAGAGAUAGAGGAGUCAUUUGGGAAGAAACCAUCAUUUUAUUACCACUCAUGGUGCGCUUUAUUUUCCUAAGUGCCACCAUCCCAAAUGGGAUUCAGUUCGCAGAAUGGGUAAGCAGCAUCAAAAGCCAAGCUUGUCACAUCGUAUACACCGAUUAUCGACCCACCCCCCUGCAACAUUAUAUAUACCCAACAUCUAGCGAAAGCGUUUUUCUCAUUUGUGAUGAAAAUAAAGAUUUUAAAAAAAAUAAUUUUAUCAAAGCAGUCAAUGCUAUCAAGGAAAAAAUGAACACAUCAGAAGAUAACCAGCACCAGAAUGGUAAUAGUAAGCAUAACAAACGGGCAAGAAAAAAUGUUUAUGACAUUGAAAAAAUUGUGCAAAUGUGCCACUCUCGUAAUUACACCCCUCUCAUCAUUUUUGCAUUUUCCAAAAAGGAGUGCGAAAUAAAUGCAACUACUAUGCAUAAAGUGGACCUAACGGACGACACAGAGAAGGAAGUCAUAAAAGAGUUGUACGAAAACGCCAUUCAAAUUUUAGCUGAUGAUGAUAGAGCUUUACCGCAGGUCCAGUUUAUUCUUCCUCUCCUCUUAAGAGGCAUAGGAAUCCAUCAUGGUGGCCUACUACCAAUCAUUAAAGAAAUAAUAGAAAUUAUGUUUCAAGAAUCCCUGCUGAAAGUUUUAUUCAGUACAGAAACUUUCUCCAUGGGAAUUAACAUGCCAGCCAAAACGGUCGUUUUUACCUCCUUGAAAAAAUUCGAUGGAGUAGAAAAACGAUUAAUAACAUCGGGGGAGUAUAUUCAAAUGGCUGGAAGAGCUGGAAGACGUGGUUUGGACGACAGAGGAAUCGUUAUCAUUAUGUUAGACAGCCCACUACACUGGAGAGAGGCAGAAAAGUUAUUCGUCGGGGAAGCAAACAGACUACUCAGUCAGUUCCACCUGGGGUACAAUAUGAUUUUAAAUCUACUCAGAAUAGAAGGAAUUACUCCAGAGUUUAUGAUCGAGAGAUCCUUCAUUCAGUACCAAAUGAAGAAAAACCUCUUCCAAAAAAUUAUGGCCAAAAAAAGAAUUGAAGAAAAAAUUAAAGAAAUUUUUAACCGACUCACUAGUGUCUACCUGGAUAAGGAUGACCAGGAGAUCAGCAAAGAAAAUCUCUUGAAGAAAAUUAUGGAUCAUAAUUAUGAGUGCACCUCUGGGCGGGGGGGAGAAAUGGUUGCGACUGAAUUGGGGCACACCCUACAUGGCGGCCAAGAUGGCAACGCGAAAGGAGGUGUACCCCCAGGGGUGGAAGCAGAAAUAGGUAUUGACGCGAAGGAGGGCAUUGAUCAGAAGAAUGCCACCGACGCCGAAAACACCGUCGCCGGGCUCAACGAUGAAAACUUCAUCAUCAACGAUCAGCUCAAAAAGUACAACACGGUGUUUUCCUGCAUUUCCAAUUACUACAUUUUAAGAAACAAACUGAUCGAGUUAGGCGAAACGUACAGGUCUAUACUGACGGCCAGGAAGAACAUCACCCCCUACUUGGCCAUGGGGAGACUGCUCUACCUGGUGGAGGACGACUUGAGAUGGGGUUGGGGCAUAUGCGUUCAGGGAAAAAUUGUGGAGCGAGCGAACGGGAUUCGCAGCACCGGUUGCAACAACGCCGUCAGGAGCGGAAACGCGGCAAAUUCAGCAAAUUUAGGAAAUUCAACAACCGCCGCCAACCCCGCUGAUGGCGACGUGCUGCUCGUGGACUGCCUAGUGCCCUACAGCCAAAACAGGAAAAGGAAACUGUCCCAGAGUGACGACGAAGAGGAACAAGAGGAAGAAGAAGCUCAGAAGGAAUUCACACCAGCCACCGACAGAAUGAAGGCCAAAUGGAAACUCAUCACCUUUCACAUCAAGUGUAUCUAUCAAAUUUCAGCUGUCGUCUUAAACCUAGACAAACCAUUUGACAAAAAAAAUGACGAGCAAAUUAUGAGCGCCAAAAUGAAGUAUAACACCAUGGUGACCUGCCUCAGGGGAGAAAAAAACAUCCCAGUCAUUAACCCCCACCAGAUGGAAAUCAAAGAUGAAGUCUUUCGCAAGGUCGUAAAAAAUAUUAACUAUCACGAACAUAUGUUAAGUAGAAAUAGAUUAAUCAGAAGUCGAAACCUCCACAAGUAUUACGAAUUGUACAAUAUGUAUGUCGCUCUGCAGUUCGAGAAGAACCUUUUAGAGGCCAACAUAGAAAAGUGCCGAUUCAUAGUCUUAAAGAAGGAACUCAAAAAUAUGCUCGUGCUUCUGCAAGGUCUGAAUUAUAUCGAAAUUUCGCACAACUUGGAAGGGGAAGGUGCGCAGCAGGGGACACGCCCCCAGGAAGUCAAGGGGGAAGAAGUCAACAUGGAGAAGAUCCAACCGGAGGAGGUUAAAGCAGAGCAUCAAACCCACCAGAACGGACGCAGCAUCGGAGGGGGCUUAUCCUCGAGCGAAGAAAAAAGCUACGUCGUGACCAUGAAAGGACAAAUCGCCAGUGCCGUCCUCAGUGUGGACGAAUUAGUCAUUUCUGAGUUAUUCUUCUCCAACUUUUUUAGUAAGUACAACUACGACUACAUAUGUGCCUUCCUCUCCUGCUUUGUCUAUGACGAAUCCACAAACAAAGAAAUCGCCAUUAACGACCCAGUUCUUGUGGAAGGCUACGAACAGAUAAUUAAAACCGCCACGCACGUUUCGAAUAAAAUGAACGAAUGUGGAAUGAACAUAAAUUUGAAGGACUACCUGGACAAGUUUAAGUCCGCCAUCAUGCCCAUCGUCUUGCAGUGGGUGCGCGGCUACUCCUUCAUGGAAAUUCUCACCGACUCGCAGAUAUACGAGGGGUCCAUCAUACGGACGCUCAGGCGCCUGGAUGAACUGCUCAGACAAAUGAUCUGCGCCUUCAGAGGAAUCAACAACGACAGCAUGUGCGAAAUUUUGACAGAGGCGACCAAAAAGCUGCGACGCGGUAUCCCCUUCUCCCCCUCUUUGUACCUAUAA